AUGUCGGGCCAUCUAGACGACUAUCCUCUCGAUACAGCUAGGAGGGAGAUCCGGCUUUUAACGAUUGUACCCGCUCUAUCCUCCAAAGCUCGUAUUAAAUGUUCCCUGCAAGUUGCAUCAUUGGACGCUUUCCCUCGAUAUGAAGCGAUCUCGUAUGUAUGGGGUGACAUCCAAGAGAAGCAGGAUAUUCUACUCGACGGGCGUACAGUCCAGGUCCCAACGAAUGUCCGUCGAAUUUUGCAAAGACUCCGCCACCGCAUGCAGCGUCGUGUUAUAUGGAUAGACUACGUCUGCAUUGAUCAAGAGAAUGUGGCAGAGAAGAACACCCAGGUUCCUCUGAUGAGUGCAAUAUAUGCCAAUGCAACAUCUGUCCUCGCAAUCAUUAGCUUGGAUAACCUCAGUGACAAUGCGACAGACGCCAUUGACUGGAUGAAGACAGCUGACAUGGAGAAAGGGAAAUGGAAAGAAGCAUGCCGGCGGGUAAACUGCAUUCUAAGCCAAAUAUCAAUGAGGUAUGAAAGGCGCCUUGCAGUCUCACUGAGGAACGUCGUCAGUUUCUAUGUCAAUUUUCUCUUCGCGGAGUACUGGACGCGUAUGUGGACAUUUCAAGAAUAUCAAUCGUCUCAAGGGAAACCACCAAUCUGUAUAUGUGGCGAUGUGGAAUUUCCAGCCCCCGAUGAAUCAGCCUUUGGAUCCGUAUUUGUCUCGGUAUUUCGACGUUUCCGCAAGAUGUCUUCCAAGGCUGAAGAAAGAGGGAGACGGCCGCAAUUACGAAACCACUACAAAGAGAUUGAAAGACUUACUAUAAAGUUCCAUAAUACACUUAGUAAGGUCAACUAUAUGUGGGUUUCAGAUAGGCAAGAAUUCUUUGUGCAAGACCUGCUGCGCCAAACGAGCGGCCGCAAGUGUCAAAACCCAAAGGACAAGAUAUAUGCCUUAUAUGGUCUUCUCCCAUCGUUGCGGGAGGCAUAUCCACCGGACUAUAAUAAGUCUCUGUCCCAAGUCAUCUUCGAAACAGCAAAAUACAUUCUGAACAAGGAACACGGUGGCUUAUCUAUGCUAGAUAUUUUCUGCCUGCGUGAGGAUCGCCUGGAGAACAUUUCUAUUCCUUCUUGGGUGCCGGAUCUCACAGCGACAUCUCUAGUGUCCACAGGCACUCUUGGGCGUCACUCUUCGAGGUUUGGCAUCGCCUACAAAAUUCGGGAGACCGUACCUGGGCGCUAUCUUGAGAUCACGGAAGAUCAUUCAGUCCUAUGCCUUUCAGGGCGUCCGAUUGGAAAAUGCAGGCCAGUAUUUCAGUUUGCAUCCGACGUGAAGAGCGUUCUAGCUCAGAUAAUGGGCGUGAUUCAGAUGCAUGGUUAUGGGUGCCAUGUGUGGAAUAAUGUCUGGGAGCCCGAGAACAUCCCACUCAGAUUUGUUCAAGGAUGCUGUGUUUUCUCCAAUCAUGACGAUGCCGAGUUUGAUCGGUCUACCUUGGGUUCGCUCCGCACUAUAUUUGAGACACUAGACAUGACCCACCAAGAUGCUGACACAGUACUGGAGACGUUCGCUGAAGCGGGGUUUGAAUUCCUCAGGGACCUGGUGCCGAGACUUUACAACAUCGAGGUUUUUACUAUCCACCAUAUGUCCUCUGUCAGUUUUGGCUUCAGUGAACAAAGUGUGAAAAAAGACGACCAGGUGUUCGUUAACGUUAGUCAGUUUAAUAUGCCCUUUGUCCUGCGACAUGGUUGUGGCACAGACUAUAACAGAGGCCAAGUAUACCAUAAGUUGAUUAUUUUGAGGGUACUCUAG